CAGCAGAAGCAGCAGAUCGCGUCGGCGCGGUACACACACGGUGGAGAGCGCAGAAGGAAGAAGCCGGUUUCGGGUCUGCACGCACGCCUCGGCCGCAUACAGCCGGCGUCCCGGGGAGAGGAGUGGGGGAAGGAAGAUCGCGUGCGGCACGAGCAAGGUCCUCACGACGCGGUCAGUCAGUCGGCAAACGACCGCCGAACCAGCAGGCCGCCGCAGAAAUCUCUCCCACGCGAAGGGAGCCGCGAACGAACCGAUCCCCUCCUCCUUCGCGAUCCACGUCAGGACGCGGGACACGUCGGCACGGUUCGGCCGCACGCUCGUGGACCCGGACAGGGUCUCGCCUCCGGAUCGGUCGAAGGCCCGCGCUCGCCGUCGUGCACAAGCACGCGAACCGAGAAGGACGGCGACAUCGGCGUCCGUCAGGUCGCUGGCUCCUCCUCGACGGAGUGGCCGUACUCGUCGUGGACGCUUGCUUUCGUGGACUUGGACGCCUGUGACCGGUCGCACUCAGCUUUAACGGAAGCCAGCUCUGAGAGAGAUCGUCGCUCCGGGACCCCAAGAAAGGAGUCCUGCCGCCAGAGGUCGCACAUAGACCGACUACUUCAGGGGGCAUUCGCCCGGCAUCGUGACAUCCAGGGAGGAUCGAGAAAAAGAGGAGGGGAGAAACAGAAACAGCUUCGGGCGGAGGCGACGCGAGAGUCCAUCGCCAACGCAUAUCUGCACCCCUCCAAGCCAGUGGGCUAGCAGCUCAAGCAGCCGCGGCGAACGCAUAUCGAACAGGGAAGCUCGAAUCUCGGUACGCCCGCAACCCCGAUCGCGCUCCUACGUCUCACCAACGGGAAAUUCCGCAGAGGGCACAAGCAUCGGAGAGAGGCACCGAGACACGAACGCACAGACACGCGCUCGGCGACGACCACAAGAGACGGGCAGGUGCUGCUCCGGCCUCGAAAGAAGGCUUCUGCGGCAGCAAUCACACGCAAGAGCGGAGCGAAAGACAAACGUGACGCGUUCGACGUGUGUGCCCGUGUCUUCUUGCUGUUUCUUACGACCGGGGCUCCCUCGUCGAACUGCGUUCGACAAGAAACUUAUACUACUCUUGCUCGAGGAGUAGUACCACCGUCGGCCCCUGCCACCACGUGCCUACCUGCCUGCCUACCCUGACCGUCGAGUCGCGAGAGAAACGCGCCGGCUCUUCCACUGCCGGCGAAGCGCUCACCGCAUCGGGAGCAUCUCUUCUCGGACGCUUUUUUCUCUUCUGCUGCUCCUUCCUCCUCAUCCACACUCCUCGCCCCGGCCUCUGGGAGAAGGUCAAGAGAACCACCUGGCCGACGAAGAGUGUGCGGUGCGGUGCGAAAACGUAAGCGCGAAAGCGGUUGCUCGCGAGGCCGCGCCUCUUUUCGGUUUCUUUUGUUAUUUUCUCCGGCGUGCUUCGACUCGGCCUUCUCGGGGUGGCAGCGCGCGGUGCUUGUUGUCGGCACGAGUGAGCAGGAUCUGCGUUUGACUUGGUCGGCCUAGCCAGAUCGGCGUGACACGGUUCGAGUGUGUUGUGUGUGUCGCCUGUGGGUGGUUCUCGCGCCAAUUCUAUCAGCCAGCGUCUGCUGCAAAACCUCUCGGCAAGAGUGUCGUCUGGAGCUUUCUUCGCUGCGGUCGUCUGUUCAGUGGCCUGCUUCGUUGUGACUUUGGAAGAAGAAUGGCGGCGCAGGACUUUCGUCUGCAGUUGCUGAAGUGCUGAAGGGGCCACGUUUUUGGGGGAUCGAAGAAGGCAGGCACCGCAACAGACAGCAGUUAAAGACGAAAAAUUACAGCGACGAUGACCAACAGAGUGAAUCGCAUCAAGGUCGCCGUCCUUGGCGGGCCCAGGUCUGGAAAGUCUGCUGUCACGGUGCGAUACCUCACAAAGCGGUACAUAGGAGAAUACAGCUCAAGCAAAGACAUGCUGUACCGGCACAACGUGACAUUUGACAACGUGGCGACAGACGUCGAAAUACUGGACUCGUCGUGCUGCAUGGUGACGGGCUGCCUGUACGACCACAUCACGUGGGCCGACGCGUUCGUGCUGGUGUACAGCAUCUGCGAGCGGUCCAGCUUCGACCAUGCGCGAGCCCUCCUCGAGACCCUUGUGGCGGUUCGAGGGGCCCGCUCAGCGCCCAUGAUUCUGCUCGGCAACAAGCGAGACCUGGAGCACUGCCGCCAAGUGGGCGUCGAUGACGGCCACGAGGCGUCGCUUCAUUUCCACUGCCAGUUCUACGAGGUGUCGGCGGCCGAGAACUACGUGGGCGUAUCGCUGGCCUUCCAGAGCUUGAUCCGCGAAACGAGAGCCUUGCAGGCACUCAGGACUCUGCCAAUACGCCGCAAGGCGGGCGCCGCCAUGACAGUGUCGAAGAUGAUCGGCAUCGUAUUCGGCAAGUCGCACAAGUCCAACCGAAACGGAAAGAAGAGGCCCUCUUUGUCCAUUUGAGACUCGGCAGAAUGGGUGGCGACCCGUUCAGCUCUUGAUUAAGUUGUCCUUCUUCGUUCCGUUGGGCUGCCGAGAGGCUCGCUGCGGGCGCGUUUGUGAUGUGUUGGUGAACGGUGGGACUGCCAGAAGGCAAAUUCGACAAACUCAACGGCUGCACGAUUCGGCAAAUGGUGGAACCAUUGUGGAACAAUGAACUACGUUGGGGACUUCGAGAGUGCCCGACAAACAAUUCAUUUGUGAUGUGGGCGCGACAAGUAGUGUUUACCAAAUAGAGCCCCGGUGACGUCCUGUUAGCCACGAUAGUUCCGAAACUGCACAGAGCAGCGUGAACGUGACUGGUGUGUAUACAAACAUGAGGAACACGAGUGUAGCGCCUGAGAUUCGUGGCACUUUGUGAGCGGACAAUGACUGAGACUGGAGGGAAGUGAUCGUUGCUGGAAUACUGCCCGAACGUUGCUGACUUGUGUGUACCAUGCUUCGGUUGGCUGUGUUGUGGACGUUUUUGCCAUGAUAAACGCUCGGUGUUCUGCGCCCAGCUCCAAUAUGGUAGCGACAGCGUACCAACAGCUCGAGCAGUACCUUCAAGAUUCGUGGGUGGCCCUGAGGUCUCGUGUAAAUUUGAACUUCAGUGUUGAGAGACGCUGACACAUUGUGAAAGUAAGCGGAUGAGUGUUCUGGUGAACUGUGUGUGAUUUACGUGUUGUGAUGUGUAGUGUUCACAAUGCUGAAUAGCGUGACGAAUUACCCUGUUCAUGUUCCAUCUGCAGUGGCUAUGCUUGCGUGGUCUGCAAGUAUGUUUGGUCUCAUAAUGGCAGUUCGUGAGGUAUCCUGCAUUUCGGCUGUGGUGAACUGUGGCAAAUCGUGAAGAGAUGGUGGACGAGACAGCCCCUCUCUGACCUGCAAGUGGAGCAGCGAAAGUUGCGGAAACCCUUUGCAAGGACUGCUGGUGACGAAUUCUUUUAAAUGAAUAGCCGUCUUUCUAAAACGCACUCCAUUGCAAAGCACCUGACAAAGAAUUCACCCAUUACCACCGUGAAAAGGUUUCACCAGUGUGUCCCAUUGUUCAUGGCAGUCCCAGUGGGAUAAGUGUGGGAUAAUGGGGUUAAAUUUCUCAUGGUUUCGCGACUGCAUUUUCAAGCUUCCAGCUUCCUCCAUAAUUUCUGUCGGGAUCGACGCCUAUUGAACUGCUGACGCAUUUUUCUUUCUUGAACUGCUUUAGUGAAUUCUAUUUGCAAGGCUACAAAGUAGUGAUUGCAGAUUGUGAUAUUGUGAUAUUAUUAUAUGAGAACGGUGGUAGUAAAGCUGAUUCAAUUCAGCUGCUUGCCAACUUGAAGCAGUGAAAAAGAAGUGGAAUAUCCGAUGUUCACUCAUGAACAUGCUUACCACUAGUUUCAGGCAUGUACACACGAGGGGAAAGCAGCUGCAACUUAGCGCGCGCUGUCUGAAGCUUUGGAAGUUACUGAAGCCAAAUACGCAGCGUCCUUACGGUGCUUCGAGGUUCAAAUCCCCGGUUACUUCACCUUCCAAAAGCAAUUGGGAUCGACGCAGCCCCUGCCAAUUUAUUGGGAACCACAUUGCCGGAAACAUGGCUUGGCUGUUAAAUAGAACAAAUGUUCUAAAAAAUUAGAAUCAGAAAAGCUCAUUAUCAUAGUAAUUGCUUGGCAUCAAUAACAAAUAAAUUUAUUCCACGGUUAACAAUUUUUAUCUUCAAGGUCAAGCCUAAAUAAUUGCACCUCACUUCUGUACAGAAUCGGUAUGAUAUAUUAAAGAUACAUUGACGACACAACACAAGGAAUUAGCUAGAGAUAUCGUUCUCACCUCGCACCUGUCUCAAUUACGCAACCUCACCAGCGACUGGAACGAACGAGUCUUGCACUUUGUUUCUGCCCGAAUAUACAAAGAAGCCAUGCAAAAUUAGCGGGCGUUGCUUUAUAUCUGAGGGCAAGUCUUUA